AUGGAGACUUUUCUAUUCACUUCAGAAUCAGUGAACGAGGGGCACCCUGACAAGCUCUGCGAUCAGAUUUCUGAUGCAGUCCUUGACGCUUGCCUCCAGCAAGAACCCGACAGCAAGGUCGCUUGUGAGACCAACAUGGUCAUGGUUUUGGGAGAAAUCACAAUCAAGGCCAAUGUGGACUACGAGAAAAUCGUGCGUGACACCUGCCGUUCUAUCGGAUUUGUCUCUGACGAUGUCGGUCUUGAUGCUGAUAACUGCAAGGUCUUGGUUUACAUUAUUGCUCAGGGUGUUCACGGUCACCUCACCAAGCGCCCCGAGGAGAUUGGUGCGGUUGACCAGGGUCACAUGUUUGGCUAUGCGACUGAUGAGACCCCUGAGCUUAUGCCUCUCAGUCAUGUACUUACAACUAAGCUUGGUGCAAUCCUCACCGAGGUCCGCAAGAAUGGGGCAUGCCCAUGGUUGAGACCUGAUGGCAAAACCCAAGUCACAGUUGAGUACCACAAUGACAAUGGCGCAAUGGUUCCGGUUCGUGUCCGCACUGUUUUGAUUUCCACUCAACAUGAUGAGACUAUUACCAACGAUGAGAUUGCUGCUGACCUGAAAGAGCACGUCAUCAAGCCAGUGAUUCCCGAGAAGUACCUUGAUGAGAAGAUCAUCUUCCAUCUCAACCCAUCAGGCCGAUUUGUUAGUGGUGGGCCACACGGUAAUGCAGGUCUCACUGGCCAAAUCAUAAUUGAUACCUACGGUGGUUGGGGGGCACAUGGUGGUGGUGCUUUUUCCGGAAAGGAUCCUACCAAGAUGGACAGGAGUGGGGCUCAUCUUGUAAGACAAGCUGCCAAGAGCGUUGUUGCCAGUGGGCUUGCUCGUAGAUGCAUUAUUCAGGUAUCGUAUGCCACUGGCGUGCCCGAACCAUUGUCUGUCUUUGUUGAAGUACCGGACAAGGAGAUUCUGAAGAUUGUGAAAGAAAACUUUGAUUUUAGGCCUGGUAUGAUUGCCAUUAACCUUGAUCUUAAGAGAGGUGGCAAUGGCAGGUUCUUGAAGACUGCUGCAUAUGGACACUUUGGCAGAGACGACCCUGACUUCACCUGGGAGGUGGUGAAGCCCCUCAAGCGAGAGAAACCCCAGGAAUGA